AUGGAUGGACUCCUCCUCGACUCCGAAGACAAAUACACCAUCGUAACGAACACUCUCUUGAAAAAAUACAACAGACCUCCACUUCCUUGGUCCAUCAAAGCACAACUCCAAGGACGUCCCGCAGCCUCCGCCACCGAAAUCUUUUUCAAUUGGGCCAAUCUCCCAAUUUCCAGAGAACAAUAUAACGAAGAACAAGAAUCGUUAAAGAGAGAAUUAUUCCAAACUUGUAUGCCAUUACCUGGUGUAACGAAAUUAUUAGAAGAUUUGGGGAUUGCGAGGACGAAAGCGAAGGAAGGGGAGAAGGAGAGGAAGUUACACAUUGCUCUGGCGACGAGUAGUCAUAAGGAAAUGUACGAUGCGAAAACUAUGAAUCAUGUGGCACUUUUUGAAGUCUUCCCUCCACAUAGAAAGGUUUUGGGUGAUGAUCCACGAAUUGGGCCUGGACGGGGUAAACCUGCUCCGGAUAUUUAUCUGCUAGCGUUGGAUACUAUAAACCAGAGUUUGGAAGAAGGAGAGGAGCCUGUGAAACCGGAGGAAUGUCUUGUAUUUGAGGAUUCGGUACCGGGUGUGGAGAGUGGAAGAAGAGCGGGAAUGAGAGUAGUAUGGUGUCCGCAUCCGGAAUUGAAGGGAGAGUUUGUAGGGAGGGAAGGAGAGGUAUUGGCGGGGUCGACUGGAGAAGGGGGAAACUUGAAGGAAGAUGGUAUUGUAGGAACAGUAGGAGAUGGAUGGGGUGAUUAUUUGGAGACUUUAGAAAAUUUCCCAUAUGAGAGGUAUGGAAUUUUGGUAAAGUAG